UGGUCAGUGAGAGUGAGUACGAGGAGUGUGCUGUACUGCAGGUUGGGUUGGCUAUUUUUUUUUUAGGAGGACAGGAAGUAGUCGUGUGUUGGUCGGGUUGGGUAACGUGGAAGAAAGAAGGGGAAGCGCAUUUCACUUGCAAUAAAACAAAAUAGUCGGAGACAGUCCGUUGGUAAGAAGAACAACAGACAUGGGGAACCGUGUCGCUCGAGACGAUUAUGAGUGGGUUUACACUGACCAGCCGCACACCGACCGGAGGAAAGAGAUUUUGGCUAAAUAUCCAGAAAUAAAAUCUCUAAUGAGCCCGGAUCCCAGGUUAAAAUGGAUAGUCUGCAUGAUGGUUGCAGUGCAGUUUUUAGCUUUUUACUUGGUAAAGGAGCUGGACUGGAAGUGGGUUCUGUUUUGGACUUACGCUUUUGGCAGCUGUGUCAACCACUCCAUGACACUGGCCAUCCACGAGAUCUCUCACAACACUGCGUUCGGCAACACCUGGCCCUUGUGGAACCGCUGUUUUGCCAUCUUUGCCAACUUGCCCAUUGGCCUGCCCUACUCUGCUUCCUUCAAGAGAUACCACCUGGAUCACCACCGCUACUUGGGCGGGGACGGUAUCGACGUCGACAUUCCCACCGAAUUCGAGGGCUGGUUCUUCUGCACGCGCUUCCGCAAGUUCGUCUGGAUCAUCUUGCAGCCUCUGUUCUACGCUGUGCGGCCGCUUGUCAUCAACCCCAAGCCAAUCAGCCGGCUAGAGAUCAUCAACCUGGUGAUCCAGUUCUCCUUCAACGUUGGGCUCUACUACCUGUGGGGGUCCAAACCACUGGUCUACAUGUUGGCCGGCUCUUUGCUCGGCAUGGGGCUGCACCCCAUCUCCGGCCACUUCAUUGCAGAGCAUUACAUGUUCUUAAAGGGACACGAGACCUACUCUUACUAUGGCUCACUCAACCUGCUCACCUUCAACGUGGGGUACCACAACGAGCACCACGACUUCCCCAGUGUUCCUGGCAGGAGGCUGCCCCUGGUAAAGAAAAUUGCUGCAGAGUACUAUGAUGACUUGCCCCAGUACACAUCUUGGGUGAAAGUGCUGUAUGAUUUUAUUAUGGACAACUCGCUUAGUCCCUACUCUCGUGUCAAGAGAAAGCUGAAGGGCGAGGUGAAGCAGGAAUAAAUCCUUCCUGACAAAUCUGAGAACUGCUUAAAUGGUCAUAAUUACCCAAUGACUUGCACAGGGUUCAAAACCGCAUGUGUGAGUGUGCAUCUCAUUUAUCAAGAACUAAAGGUAGUUUAUUAAAAACUGAGCUAGUUAGAGUUCCGGUGGUAAUUUUGUGUUUGAUGGUUUGUUUUGUUUUUUGUUUGUUUUAAAUGUGUCUGUUAA